AUGCUGUCUCGACUCCCCGCUACUAUCCUAGCCGCCACGGUCGCCACCGUGGCCGCGGACGUCACCGGCCCCUUCGCGCUGCAGAUCAUCGGCAAGGAGGACGCCUCGAUUGAUGGAUACGCUGGCGCUUGCCACGCCGGGGCCGGCAUCGAGGCGCUGUGCUACGCAGACGGGCCGGUGGACGGGAACUCGUUCGAGUGGUACUUCAACACGACGUCGUCGUCGUCAUCGGGGCAGCCGGGGUACCUGACGUGGAUCCUGCCGCUCGGCGGCGACCAGGCCGGCACGGGGGUGCCGUCGGCCGUGCAGCUGUCGGGCGGCGGCUGGGGCACCAACGUGGUGCCGGCGAUGGUGUACCCGGGCCUGCAGGGCGGCACCAACUUCUACUACAGCGCCGACAACGGCACCGUCUACCUGCCCGGCGGCUACGACGACUCCGCCUUCAACGACACCCGCCCCGCGCCCCCGCCCUACCUCGGCGACCUCACCCGCUUCUACCUCUGCUACCAGUACACCGGCGGCUACUACUACCGCUCCAUCGCCUGGGUCGCCGUGCCCCCGCCCCGCAACCCCUCCUGCGUCCCCGUCGACCUGCGCGUCCAGACCCUCGAGCCUGCCAGGUCGCCGGCCUAG